GGCGGCCUGGCCCGCGGGGAGGGAAGCUGAGCCCGGGCCCAUAGGCCGCCCCGCGCUGCUGGGUGCCGUCGGGCGGAGCGGGGGAAAUGCCGACGGCCUAGGCCUGGCCGAGGCGGCCCGGAGCUGGGCAGCGCGGUGUUUUGUGCGGGUGUCUGUGGGUCGCCUGUUGCCAAAGAGAAGGUACAAUGUGCUGAAGCUAACAGGCAAAUGAAGUGGGGCUGAGGAAAAUAUUAUCUCUAGUUGCUGGUUAUAAGUGAGUUUGCAAUGGCAAUGCUCUGGAAAUUCAUGAGAGUAGCUAAGUAUUCUAAAACAGCUUUGCCACCAAAAAUAAAAGUAAGUGGAAUUCCAACCCAUUCAAGGCAGUCUGUACCUUCAGAUUUUGCUGCCAGCGUACCCUGCUCAAAUACUGUGGAACUGUUUGGUAAAUCUUAUCCUCAAGAUGACUACAGCAAUGUUACAGAGAAGAUUCUUUCCAAAGUGGGGAAGAACUUGCAUAACAAAAAGCAUCACCCUUUGUGGCUGAUCAAGGAGCAGGUGAAGGACCACUUUUACAAGCAAUAUACGGGACGCCGUGGGAAUCCGCUCUUUUCUGUCUAUGAUGGUCUUUCUCCAGUGGUUACAGUGCAGCAGAAUUUUGAUAAGUUACUUGUCCCACAAGAGCAUGCAAGCAGAAGAAAGGAGGAUAACUAUUACUUGAAUCGUGAUCACAUGUUAAGAGCACACACAUCAGCUCACCAGUGGGACUUGAUACACUCCGGUCUAGAUGCCUUUCUGGCGGUGGGAGAUGUUUACCGCCGUGAUACAAUUGACAGCACCCACUACCCAGUCUUUCAUCAGAUGGAAGGAGUUCGGCUCUUCUCCUGUCACGAGUUAUUCUCCAGUAUUAAAGAUGGUGAAAACUUCCAGUUGUUUGAGCAAGGGCAUCGCACUGCACACAAGCAAGAGUGUCACACUAUGGAGGCAGUGAGGCUGGUGGAGUUCAAUCUGAAGCAGGUGCUCACAAAGCUCAUGACUCACAUCUUUGGUGAUGAACUGCAAGUCAGAUGGGUAGACUGCUACUUCCCAUUUACUCACCCUUCCUUUGAGAUGGAGAUCAACUUCCAAGGAGAAUGGCUGGAGGUCCUGGGCUGUGGCGUCAUGGAACAACAGCUGGUUAACUCAGCUGGUGCUGAGGAUAAAAUUGGCUGGGCUUUUGGCUUGGGCUUAGAGAGACUGGCCAUGAUCCUGUAUGAUAUCCCUGACAUCCGGCUGUUCUGGAGUGAAGAUGAACGCUUCUUGAAGCAGUUUAUUGUGCCUCAUAUUUCCCAAAAAAUAAAAUUCCAGCCACUCAGCAGAUACCCACCUUUGAUCAAUGACAUCUCCUUUUGGCUGCCUACUGAGACAUACUCUAAGAAUGAUUUCUAUGACUUGGCCCGAAGUGUUGGUGGAGACCUGAUAGAAAAAGUUGUCCUACUGGAUGAAUAUACCCAUCCAAAGACAAAGAAGGUCAGCCAUUGCUACCGUAUCAUUUACCGUCACCCAGAGAGGACUUUAACGCAGAAUGAGGUGCAUCGUAUCCAUCGAGCUAUUGAAGAAUCAGCAGUUCGAGAACUUGGGGUUGAGGGCAGGUUCUAGCAUUGCUGGUCGGAAUCGCUAAUGAAAGUUGUUCUCUCAAUUUUUCUCUUUUUUUUUUCUUUUCCUUUUUUUUCUUUUUCUUUUUUUUUUUUCAAUGAGGAGUACAAGUAAGGGGGAAUUCUGUGACUGAAUCUAGCAUAUGAAACAAAUGAUAAGUGGACAACAGUAAGAUUACCAGAUAAUAAACUUUUCUGUUAAGAAAUCAUUGUCAAACAUAGGCGCUUUAUAUUAAGAAAGUGGGGAGCAGCAGUAGUGUGAGAUUUCCCUCUUGUUACAAUAAGAAAUACACUGCCUGGUGGUUUUCUGUGUUGUUAAUUGGUCCCUGGGUUCCAUUAAAUUCCAGUAAAUACUUGGCAUUAUUUCUGUGUUGACAGGAUCUUCUGUCCGCGUAACGAGUGAAGCAAAACAGAGACACCACUUAGCUCAGAGAAAAAAAAAACUAUUUUGUUCUUCCACCUCUCCCUCUUUUUUAGUAAGGAAUAGCAGGUUUUCCUUCACGGAACCUUCCAAGAGGUAAACUUUCUGAAGUGUGGCUCUCAUACCGUCAGAGCCCUUGGGUAUUGCUUUCGUCUGCUACAGAGAAGGAGCCAGAGUGGCUCUAGGACUGGACUUGGCUGCCUUCAAAUGCUGGGCCAUUGAGUAAGGAUAAUAAAGGUCUCAGCACUUAGCCUACGAUGACUGUUUUGCAGCAAGUGCAAACCAACUGAGAAGAACGAAGCCUGCAGGAGUAGAAGGAGGAAAUGAAAGUUGCCGUACCGACGGGGCGACACGAAUCCCACGAUGGGUGGAUUAGGCUGAGCGUUAUCAGUGAUGAUGAAACACAGCAGACUGUGAAAAUCCAAAGCACAUUUCAAGGCACAAACCUUGGAAAAACUGAAGAAUUGACACUGAAGCUGCAGAAGUAGGGAGUAAAGACCUUGCCAUCAUACUUGGACAGAGCUUCCAGUCUGCAGCUGGUGAGGACAGCACUGCUGGGGCAACGUGCCACCAUGGGGAAGUCCUACCUGAGCCUGCUCCUGUUCCCCCCAGGCAGCUACAGUGAGUCUUCCUGCCUGAGAAGGUGCAAAACCAGGAGAAAACAACAUCAGCAGUUUCAAAUAGAAUCAUAGAAUCACCAAGGUUGGAAAAGACCUCUAGGAUCAUUCAGUCCAACCGUCCACCUAUCACCAAUAAAAAUAGUUUUCAUUUGGAAAGUUUUGCAUGGCCGAUGGCCUAUUUUUGUUGUCAGACACCUGUUCCAGAAAGAUGCCCAGACGGACUGGCGAGAAGUAGCACUGUGGGUGACGGAAGGUCCAUUUCUUCUGUCACCCACCAGUGGUCAAGCAUCUAUGUGCAGCAGCUGUCAGCUGAACAGGGACCUGCAGGCUGGAGGAGCAAAGGCACAGAGCUUGCAGAGGUAAGCACUGAUGCAGAGCUGGAGAGGAUGCUCUGUGUCAUGAUCUGUAUCAGAGCCAAAGCACCAGAGCAUCUGGAGCACAUCAUGCUCCAGAUAAACUGCUGGAAAGUAGACCAGGUCACAUACAAACCGAGGCCACAGCUGAGACCAAUAUCCAACAGUGCAGUUCUGUUUAGGCCUUCAAUACAAUUGGUAGAAUUAUCAUUAAUUUCCUUACCCCGCUUGUCCUACCCACUCUGGUUAAAUUAACUUUUUCAAUCACUCCUGUUCUGUCAGAUUUCUCCCUUAUUAGAUGUCCUCCAGUGUUUCACUGAAGGCAUUAUUAUGCUUUACAGGACAAAGUCAUUUUGUGCUUCUUUACAGCAGCAAGAACCCUUCUCCCUCCUUAUUCUCUGAUCUAGCUUCACUGAUACUUUCUCAUUUCAUCAUACAAUCAGCAGGGAAUAUUAAUCAGGACCUGGUGGGGUCUUUUUAAUUUGGAUUGCAGGCAAUGAAAUGCGCUAUCUUCAGCUCAUAAGAAGUGUGUCCAUCAGCAGCAGAAGCAAUGAGAUGUCAUUUUCUUGGGACCUCUCUAAAGGUUGAACUCUGCUGUCUAAUAAAGGCAGUAUUGGCACUGCUGUUUUUCCCUUGGUGAAGUGAUUAAUGUUUGUUUUCACUAUUUGGUGACUUCUAUUUGUUAAUUACAUAGGAACUUCAGGUUUUUGAAAUCUUUCCCGCUGUGCCAGUUGUGAUCAAAACCCAGCAACAGCUUCAGAAGUGACUGUGGAAGGGACUGGCUGUGGCAGGAAGACAAAUAUAUGAGCUUCAUUAUGGAACUUUGUUCCAUCGUUAGUGAUAACAUGCUUUUUGGCUUGCUCAGACUGUGUAAGUGGUGGAACACACAAUGUCUUAGUUAUUAGUGUGCCAGAUAAAAGUAUAUUCUUGUCUCAUCCUGAUGAGAGGAGUAAGCUUUCAGCUGUCAGUGAUGGUAAAGCUUGAGGAGAAGACUGAAGUGGAACAGAUCUUAGCUUCUUCCAUCCCAGCUUGGCCUGCCAGCAACAAGAAAAAAGUGCAACAACACAUUUUGCAGAAUCCUUGUAAACCAUAUAAAGCCUCAUUAUCAGAAUAUCUUUGAUGGCUGAAAUAACUGUGCCCAAGUAGCCCUCUGGCAUGUUGCUGGGGCUGUUGCAGUCCUAAGGGGAUUUCUGAGAAAAGACCGGGCCGGUUGCAUUGCAGAUGUCUCUGGGCAAGCACUUGUAUUUCCAUAGCUAUGAUUUUCACAGAGCAGAACUGCAAAGCAAGCUCUUCUUAGAGCUGAGGAAAUCUGCCUCUGGUGAUGGAUGAAAUCACAGUACUGGCAAUGGGAUGAUGCCAGGAGGUCAGUAAAUGGCAUCAAAGCACAGAAAAUGGGCAGGUAUGCAAACCUGGAACAUACUCCAAUGAAUUGCAAGUCAGACAUUUCCUCAGUCAGAUGUAAUGGUGUUGUAUUUAACAAUCCCCAACAGACUUUUCUUCCAAGUAUCCACCCAGUCGUUUCUGAGCCAUGUAAAUACUUACCAUCUACAACAUUCCAUGCCAGUGAGUUCCACAGCCUUGUUAGAUUCUGGGUGAAAACUGCUCUCUCCUGUUUACUUUGGGCCACCUGCCACCUCCCAGCCUUGCUGAAUGACCCCUACUUCUUAUUCUCGAAGUGAUGGUGCUCACUGAUCCUUUCCUUUCCUUGAUGAAUUUCCUUUUUAUUUUCUGUUUUCCCACCAAUCUCCUCGUACUCAGCAUUGCUGAAUCUGGAGGUGAAAGCCUCAAGUCAUCACAAAAUACCUUGCCUUUUGUCAUGGGUUCCCAACCAGGAAAGCAGUGUCUUACAAAUCCAGACAUGUGCCCAGCAAUGAUGCAUCGACAGCAUUUCUCGUGUGUCUUCUCAGCAAAAGGAGUUCUGGCAAAUGGGAGCUGCUCAGCAUUUGGCGGAAGACAGCCCUCGUUAAAACAUUGUUGUGGUACUUUGCAGAGGUGGUUCUAAAUGCAUCACUCUCUGCCUUGUGCAAUGUUUGUGUGGUUUCCAAGGAUAUAAGGGAAUCAUUUGUACUGAGACUCUUCAAUCAACAACAAAAAGCCAUUCUACAGCUGGAGUACUUGGCCAGGGUUCUUGGUGCAGAUGACAAGUUAUGAACAGCUGUGUUGCAAUAUGAGAAAUAUAAUCAGACUGUCUGGUGAAGAUGGUUGAGGGCAGUCAUCUGCAGAAAGUAGGGCAGCCUUGUGUUUGCACAGGAGGCUGCGUGCUGCUUUGCAUAUGUUGUGGUGCCAGGGAGAAGCCUCAGCUUCACAGGGGCACUGAACCCAGGAACGGCAUUUCCAGACCCUCUGAAAAGGCACCAGGCUCAUGGUGGUGUGACUUGGAGUUGGCAAAUUCCUAAUGCUAUAGAAGAGCAGAUUUGUUUUUACACAGAAGCUUUUAAACUGUGACACUGUUUUCAAUGGCUUGUUUGCUGCACAGAAGUAAAAAAUAGGGAAGACCAGCGAGUGGGUGUCACAGCUGGGUACCUGGGCUCUGGAAGUUCUGGAAGAAGCUGCCUGCUGCUUCGUUUCCAGCAUGUUGCCACACAGAUUGAAUCUGAAGUUAGGAUUUAAACAGAGAAAUCCCUUGCUGGUGUCAAGUCUGACAGUCUGCUGCAUGCUGCCUUGCACUGCUACAUUUGAUCUCCCUUCUCCUCACUGCCUCUUCUAGAGGCAGAAGAACAGCCCUUGGGAUGGCUCUUCUCUGCAGUUCAGUCUGCUUGCAGGAAGGCUACUUACCCUUCUGCCUUCAUCAGGGUGCAGGCCAUGGAACAGAGCCCUGUCAUGACGGCUCGCCCCGUGACUGCAGCACGGGCUAUUCUGCUAUUUCUGCUGUGUCUGCUCCAAAGGAGGUGUAUUUUUAACAGCCUUUCAGCCUUUCUCACGUCUUGAGCUGCAGCAGGGGUGUAGGAUGGGCAACAGCCUUCCCCAUGAGCGUGUUUCAGUCUCAGUGUCAGAAGAGUUCUGUUUUCCCAUCCCUGUCUUCAUUUCCACCUGUGCCCACUGGACAUUCCCACUGGGGCACAACCUUGGGGGCAGAUUUGAUGACCAAACGCCAGGUGUGUGCUUCCCAAAGAGCAGUCAUCUGGGGCUGAAUAGUUGCAUUUUUUCCCUGUUCUUGGUGUGUCACAUAGGUACGUUGCCCAUCCUAUAAACCCCUGGUCUCUCAAUCUUGGAUGGGCUGCUAUUUUUUUCCGUUUGUCUUGGGCAAGCUCCUGUGUAAAUGAAGCUACAUCUCAUUGGUCAUACAAAUAAAAAGAAGAGUUUGGAAAUUCCUUGGGACAGAGACUGUCUUUAUUGGUGCCUAUUUCAGCUCACACACAUCCCUGGGAGGCAAUGCCUCAUCAUUAAUUGCUAAAUAAUUAAUAAUAAUAUAAAGCAGAUACAAGUCAGGAAGUAAUUAGCCUCCUUAUGCUUACAGGGAAGUCCAGUGGAAUGGAAGAGUAAUUAAAGGGUCUCUAAAUGACAGAGCAAAACUCCCACUGACUUUGGUCAGGGCAGAUUUAGGAUCUGAGUCCAAUAGGAUUUCCUCAGACAUAAAACAAAAUGACUUUGUUUUGUAGGCAAAAUAUCCAAAUCUGAUAUUUUUAGUUAGUCUAUACAAGUUUGCAGCCUGGAUGAAUAAUUUUAAUCGAAUUUAAUUUAGGAUGGCACGAGGCAAUCAGUGAUGAGAUAUACUGGAAUUUUCCAUGAAAGCGAGCAGGUAGAUAGUUCACAUUGGCAAAGGGUAGUCUCAGUGUCAUUCAGGAAGUAUCAUACAAGGGACAAAAGCAAGGCCUGGAUAGUAAAAUUAAUCUGCAAGAUAUAUCUUUAGAUAACCUGAUCCACAGCCCAUCUGCAGGGGCACAGAGAGAGAGUUCAGCUUUUUUUGUUGUUCAUGCCUGAAUGGGAUCGUUGCAGUCUGAAUCAGUGUUCCUUCAGAUGAAUUCACACAGCCCAGUAGAAGAGAUACGAAUUUUCUAGGACUUCAGAGCUUCUUUGUGAGAGUACUGAAAACAUUAGCCAAGAAUGUAAGGUCACACAAACACUUAAUGGGGGUAAACCUUCAUAGAAUCAUAGAAGGGCUUAGAUUGGAGGGGACAUUAAAGACUAUCCAGUCCCACCCCCGUGCCAUGGGCAGGGCUGCCCCCAACCAGACCAGGCUGCUCAGGGCCCCAUCCAACCUGGCCUUGAGCACCUCUGGGGAUGGGGCAUCCACUACUUCUGCAGCCCACAAUACAUAACUUCAUCAGUCUCUUCUUGCAAAUCAAAAUGAAAAGAAAGACACAACCUCCCCAAACUCUUAUGAGGUGUUUUAAGUCACUGCUGAGUUAGAGCUCUGGAUUUAAUAGCUCCCAACAACAUUCACAAUGUGUACCCUUUGUCUCAAGAGCUUCUUGAUGCACUGAUAAUGGACACUAUCUGUUCUUCAGGAUUCACUGAUGUCCUCUGAAAGUCCUUCAGUAUUUCUUUAUCUUCUUAUUAUACAGGAUAUUCCUUCUCUCCUGGCACCAGGUAAAGGUGAUUGCAUUAUGCUGCCUUUGUCAAAUGUAUGACAGAGAGUAUGAGAAAAUGUCAGUCAUUUUGGUGCAAUCUUUGGAGCUUUGGGGAACAUCUGGAUCUCAAGAAAAUUCCUAUUUUGUUACUGGAGAUGAACUUGGUCAGCAGUCUCUAGCAGUGCAAUGGGAAUUGAAUUUGCCUUGCAUUCUCCUGAAGCCACUUCUAAAGAACACUAAUAGGAUUUUCUGCAUGGCAUGAUUUCACCAUCCCCUUCUGCCCAGUGUGGUAUGAAUCCACUGUUUUCAAUAACCCCGCCUCCACAGGGUUUAUGGCUCCAGCUGAGAAAAGGUACUCCAAGGAGAUGCAUUGCCAUGCAUUAACCCGGGUGCAGGAAAUCAAGAAGGGUUUGAGAAAGGCAGCCAAGCUGGGGUCCUCCCCCAUUAGCAGUCUUCAGUGGCAGUACAGCAGAGGUACUUGAUAAAUGUUCUACUGAAUGUAUUUCCGUUUGGAAAAUGAACAUCCACACUCAAUAGAUGUUAAUUAAAAUGAUAUAAAAUGCAACCCUGAAAAGAUUAAUUGGCAUCAAUGACAAGUUGGCUUUCCCCCACAUUUCUUGAAGCACAGCCUCCUAGUCCAGAUCCAUAAAAACCUGCUGUGGGUUUUCAAGGCAACCUUUUUCUUCCCAUUCUCUGAGUCAGAAUUUGACUGUUGUAAACAGGAAUUUGAGCUGAAAAACAAGAGAUCAGUCAAAAUAACUUUAUUAUUUAAAGAAAAGAAGAGUGAUUGGGAUUUUUGGAAGCCUUUAGGUGAAUUAGUGUCCCAUUUGCUGGCACAGUUAACAUAACCAUAUCACCCAGUGCUUUGUCUUCUUUCUCCUCAUAGCCACUGCUGCUCUUCUGCCAACUCCGUUGCAUUAACUGAACCAGCACAUCACUGCUAACAGAAUGAGGGGACUGGAAACUCAUCACGGCCCUGCCAGGAUUUAUGUUCCAGUGGUGCCAUCCCAGUGCAACUGUACUGCUGAGCCAGGACCUGCGUGCCACUGUCGUAGCUGGCAGCAGGGACAGUGGAGUGCAGCCACUCUGCAGGACAAGGGGAGAAAAUACAUGUGACUUCAGGGAGAAAAUACAUACCUUGCAUGUUACUGUGACUGGGCAGAGCCCUGACCUGGCCCUGAGUCUUUGCUGAUCAGAGAGUAUUGUGCCUGAAGGAGAAAUGGCAGUGGUCCUCUUUGGUGAAAAAACACUGGAAUUGAUGGGAUGGGGUAGCUCCCUGCUUAGACAUCACUCCUAUUUUCACCCCAAGGGCAAUGGACUAAUUAAUGAGUGUGUAUCUACCUGACAGUAUGUUACAGCUCACAGAUACUGAGGUAAUCUGUAUUAGUUAUUAGUACUACAUCUGGAUUUUCCCCAGCUUCAUGACUUCACUCACAUUUGGGAGUCGUUGCAGUUAAAUACCAGAGUAAGUCACCAUAAUGCCCCUGGUCACAGGACAGCAUCCAAACAGCUUGAACAUGAAGGCGAAGAGGGUAAGGUAAGUAAAAAAUCCCACAGUGAAAGAGAUCAAGGCUCAGUUUGUGGUGGCAUGGUACAUUUCCCUGGAAGGAAAAAGCACUUCAGGGAAUUUCCUCCCAGCCUUUGCUGCCCCAUCAUUUCUCUCCAGCUGGGUUGGAAACCAGGUCACUGAAAUGAUCUGGAUUACCAGAAAAUGCCCAGGCCUUCAACCUCCCCAGCCACAGCCACUGAUCAGCCAAGAGGGCCCCCAGAGCACUACCAGACAGCUGAGAUCUGGUGUCAGCACAGCCCUGCUGCAGUGGGCAGCUGGUCUGAGCACCCUGGGGAGCACUCCUGCUGAAUCUGGUGAACGUAUUCACUUGCACAAAGCUGCUCUUGUGUGCAAGGCCUCACAGGAUUGAGCAUCCAGUGUGAUUCAGGUGCAAAGUGGAGCAAUCCACACUAUGAAAUGUUGGGAAAUAACUUUAUGAAAUGUCUUUAAAUUGCCUGUCACCUCCAGGGCUGAUCCUUCAGUCCCUGGUCGCUGGGGCUUCUCUGUUUCACUGUGGCAGGGAGCUGUGCCCCAGGCACAUGGCUGUGACAGCAGCAGCCGCUGCGUGCACCAGGAGGAAAAUAUGGUUUCAGCUUCCCAUUCCCACCCCUAAUAUUUAUUUUAAUAUUUUGUUCUGACUUUUUAUUACAUAAAUGCUGCACCACUGCCCUUAGAGGAUGGUUUAAGGUGUUUUGAUUACUUGUUGUUUUCUUUUCAUUCUGUAUGUUAAUCAGUACAGCCGGGAGCCUGCUGCAGAGACAAGGAAGAUGGGAAGGUCCCAGUGUCACCCGUACACAGCCCUCCAUGCAACAGCAGGUGACUUGAGAGGCUGAGUUUUGCUGGAGUUUAGAGGAAGGAAUGUUCUAGAUUUUCAGCAAGAAAACUCAAGCAAGAUUGCAUUGACUAGGACCUCACAUACACAGCAAAGAUGCCUAUGAUUUCCAAACAUAUUACAGGAGUUCAAAUGUAUGCCCUGCCUAUCCUGUGCAGCUUAAGGGAAGUGAAGGAAGAUGACUCCAUCCCCGUGGAAUAUCACCAGCACAGCAGAGGAUCAUUACAAGGUCUUCAAAGACUUCUCCACCUUAUCUGUCUGAUCAGACAACAGCUGGCAGGUCAGCCAAGGGAGAUGAAUGCUCCUCUCAGCUGAAGUAUUGGCUCAAGAAGCAUCAUCUAUAUGCACAGUCUUCAAAGAAGAGCUCAUAACAUUCCCUGUUCCUGUGAAGAAACAUUUAGAGAGCGAAGUCUACUGGUGUAGAACUGAAGCAGCGUUUGCUCUGGAAGAGGUCAAGUUUCUGGCUUUCCAAAUGCUCUCUCUGCAGAUCCUGGGAGAUGCUGUCCUCUCAAGGGGCUUAAGUUUCCUCCUGGAUGUUCACCCACAAAAGGAGCUUCAUGCAUACACUAUGUGUAAUCAGUGGAGUCGGACGAAGCAAGGAGUGACCCAAUUUGCCAAAGCCAACGCACUAGGCAGCUACCACCUUAAUUACCUACUGAGUGUCUCAGUUUAGGUGAUGUGACAAUUUUCCAGCAAUAACAAUUAUCAUUCCGGGCUGCAAUUCACUUUUUGGUGGGUUUGUCAUGGCCUUCCAGAUAAAAUAUGCAUGAGCACACCCUGCCCAUCUUCCACAACCAGCCUUCGCUUACCAGUAGGGUCAUAGUUGGCAGCAGUGUGUUUUCCAUCCUUACUACAGCAAUAUGUCAUGGUGGAGAGCUUACUUGCAAGAGCCCUCUAGACUUGUUCUUGGUACUAUUUUCUAGAUCUGUCUUCAUCCAUAUUUUACUGGCAAACAGUAUAGAACAAAUGUAAGUCUAAUGCAGAGCUUAAAGAAAAAAUUGAAACAGAGAUGCAGACAGAGAAGAUUAUGAACAUUGUAUUUUUUUUUGAGUUUGUCUCAUUCCUUAAGCUGUCUUCAGCAAUUUCUGCAAGAAAAUAGUGUUAUUAGUUUGAGUAGUAUUACAGUAGCAUUCACCUAAUGAUUUUUAGAAAAUGGUUACAGAGAUAUCUAUUUGUAUGUGUGUGUAUACGUGGAAGAGAAAUAUGCCAUUUGCAUGAAACAUCCUGUCUAUAGCCGUAUCCAGUUAGUAUCUAAAGACUGUUUAUAGACUCAGUUGUACUCUGUUGGUGCUAAAAUUGAUUUCUUGGCUGAAUUAUUCUGCAAUAGGAUAAACCCACUAAUUGUGCACGUAAAUAAAAUUGAAUUUUAACAAAUUGA